AUGGCGAGGACCAGGAGCCGGGCGGGUAGAAUCCUAUUCCGGCGCCGGCCGCUCUCAUCCUGCCGUGAAGACCGGAUAAGCGCCCUCCCCGACGACCUCCUCCUGCUCAUCCUGCGGUGUCUCGACACCCGCACGGCGCUCGGCACCGGGGUUCUCUCCAGGCGCUGGGCGCACCUUCCCCGCGAGCUCCCCGCCCUCCCGCCGCGCUACCACCGAUGGGUCCGCCUCUACCACGACAUCUGCCCCCGGGGAGCUCCUCCAUACUACAGACGCGACGCCGUGAGAUGCGAGCUCCUGCCUAACAUCAAGAGGUAUGAGCACCGCGCGAUGCGCGCCUUCACUGGCUCCUUGGAGAGCUUCUUAGAAGGACCUCGCCGGAGGGUCAGCAGGAUGAGGCUCGAGUUCUUCGUCACCGGCAGCGCUGUCGGCAUGAACAGGCUCAUCGAGGAGGCCAUUGUUUCUUGGGGCGUCGAGGACCUCGAGGCCGUGGCUAAGCCAACAUUCAAUCGACGAGGUGAGUUGCACUCCUUUCCCAGCCAUGGCCUGUGCAAAGAGCCCCGUGCAUCGCGCCUCCGAAGCCUCAAGCUUGCAGGCUGCUUGCUCCCGCCUCUGCACGAGUAUAGCACACUCAGCGUGCUCGUCCUGGAAGACAUACCAAAAUCGGUGCCCGCAGCAGCCUAUGAGACUUGA